UUAAUUAUUAAAACCCCACAUUUCCUGAUCCCCGGUGUCACCAUUUUUCAUUUUGUAAACGCCUCUCACCCUCGCUCAAAAACAUCACACCCAUCACUCUCCACUGCAUAUCCCUCCGCAGCCGCUUUUAGGAAAGCAUCUAUAAUGGCACUAUUAUCUAGAGCUCGCAUUGCUUCGUCAGCUUUUAUUGGCAAGCUGGCCCACCAUCCUCCAAUCCAGCGCGCUUUUAGCUCUGCUUCAAAUGCCCACAACCCGAUGUUCUCUCUGGACAUUAGCUCACAAAUUGGUAGCACCAUGCCCAUAUCCAUGAUGCGAAUUGGAACCAUAAUUCACAAUAUUGAGAUGAACCCUGGUCAAGGAGGAAAAUUAGUCCGUGCCGCUGGCACCUCUGCAAAGAUCUUGAAGGAACCAGCCGCCUCUAGACUUUGUUUAAUCAGGAUGCCUUCUGGUGUAGAGAAAUUGAUCGAUUCUCGGUGCAGGGCAACGAUUGGGGUGGUAUCAAACCCUGAGCAUGCAACCAAGAAGCUAAAGAAGGCAGGUCAUAGCCGGUGGCUUGGGCGCAGGCCUGUUGUGAGAGGAGUGGCUAUGAACCCAGUGGAUCAUCCUCAUGGUGGUGGUGAGGGUAAAAGUAAAAGUAGUGGAUGUAGAGGUAGGGUUUCGACUUCUCCAUGGGGGAAGCCUACCAAGAGUGGCUAUAAAACUGGUCCACUCAAGAAGAGGAAAUAAGGUGAUAAGUGAAGUUUGAUGGUUUGGGUAUGUUUUAGACAUUAUUUUCUCACUUGGGUGCAAACAUUUCAAAAGGUAUUCAACUUUUGAUCUUGUUUUCCAUCUCCAGUUAAAUAAUAUGUUGGAGUUUUUGAAAAUUUGGACGUUUUAUUAGCAUUCCCAUGAAAUAUUGAGUAGAGGGGUGUAUUAGGAGUUUGAAGUUUUCAAGCGAGUUUUAGACAGCAUUCUGAUAUUGAUAAUAGUGUUUGGAUUUGUUUAUGAACUUAUUACCCGAUACUAAAAUAAUUUGUUCAAGUAA